AUGGUUUAUCCCAAAGGAGACCUUGGUUUUGAUGAUCACUUGUCUCUGUACCUCCACGUUGCGAAUCGUGAAUCAUUGCGACUUGGAUGGAAAAGAAGAGCUUCUUAUUCCUUCCUUCUGUUGAAUCAAUCUGGCAAAGAGCUCUUCAGACAACCUGAAUCGUGCCAAUUGUUCUGCGCCCAGUUCUCAGCAUGGGGCAAAACAUGA